ACGCAGAGGGACGGGCGGCGGCUCUGAUACGUCGUCGUCGGGGAGUUCCUCGUCCUCAUCUUCCUCCUCCUCCGACGGCCGAUCACACCGUACUCGCCGCCGGCGACGCCGUGGGCGCUCCUCGUCCACACUCACGCUCAGCCGGGCGACGUCCGAACAGGACAUCCUCACCCGUAUAACCCAGAUUAAGGCGCGAGAGGAAGCGCGCCAGAUACCCCGUGCAUUCUCAUUAUACCUCCCCCCUUCGCUCGCGGAUCCCCCUUCGCGGCGCAAGGCCGCUACGACGACGCCCGCGCCACGAAUUACGACGACAUCCUCAUUGCAGACCAUUCUCGGACAACUUGACGUUGCGAUCAAGCGCUCGGGCAAGGCUCGUAGGCGCGCGCGCAGGCCGGAUGGAUACCAGGACUACAUGAUGCCGGAGAGCAGUGCAAGUCGCACACAUUCGCCUUCCCCUCGGCCGUUCAAGGGCAAGGGCAAACAGAAGCAGUCAGCAGCGGCAUCGGCGGCAGCAUCAGCAGCAGCGGAUUCUCCCCUCCCCUUGCCACUUACGGCGCCGCCUAAAGCUUGGUUUCUGGACGUUGCUUCCCCCACCUGGCGAGACCUUCAGGCUAUAGGAAAGCUCCUCCACCUUCACCCUCUCACGCUCGAGGAUAUCCUGCAACAAGACCCGCGCGAGAAGUUCGAGCUCUACUCCAAGCUCGGCUACCACUUCAUCUCCUUACGCACGAUUGAGACGAAAGCCCAACGCCAGGACAGGCGAAAGAAGGCUCCCUACUUCGCGCACCUGGACGAAGAGACGGACGGAAGCAUCAUUGGCGAAUCCAAUAUCUAUCUCGUUGUAUUUAAUGAAGGAAAGGCGCGCUCCUUCUAUCGUCAUAGACGGAGAAAACACACGGACAGGAUAAGGAACCGCAUUCUCAAGCUAGAAGAUAUCGUGGACAUGACGUCUGAAUGGAUCGAGCACGGCAUCCUCGACUCCAUUGUCGAUUCCUUCUUCCCCUUUCUGGAGGAGAUUGAGCAGGAAUGUCUCGUUAUCGAAGACAUCGUCUUCGGUGGCAAGGCCUACGAGGAGCCAGCGGCGACUCCGUCUUCGACCGAGACGCUUUUGGCUUCGGAGGACGAGAAGAGGUCCGAGGAACAGAAGUCAUCCGAGGACCAGAAGUCGUUCACGCACAAGCCCGAGGAAAUCGAGAUGGAGAAGUUACCCGUCACGAAGCCUGGUCCGACACAAACCCGCUUCGCCGUACCGCCGCCCAUGCCCUUCCUCCGCCGCGUCCGCCGCUUCGUCCACAAGCGCUGGCGGAGGUUUAUCACCUCAACCAUCCACACGAACCUGAGCAAUACGCCGCUGCGGCGAAUGGCCAGGACGCGGCGGUUGGUGACGCAGCUGGUGCGGUUGCUGGCGAGCAAGUCGGAGGUUAUCACGCAGAUCACGAAGCGGUUGCUGUCGACUACGGGGAUUUCGAGGCGGGGCAAUGGGGAGGAGAGGUUGGAGGUGGCGAUUUACAUGGGGGAUGUUCAAGACCAUAUCCUCACUCUGCACCAUGCGUUGGCACAUUACGAGCGCAUGCUGAGCCAGUCUCACCCCGCGUACCUCAGCCAGCUUCGGCACACGGUCAACGUUUCGAGGCAGGGCAGCGACAAAGCGCUCAUCGUCCUUACCGUCGUCUCCAUCGCGGUGCUCACCUGCCAGGCCGUCAUUGGCAUGUUCUCCCAAAACAUCCCCGUCCCCAACAACCGCGACUCUGGCAAGUACAACGUCUUCGGCAUUGUCAUAGCCAUCGCGGUCUUCACGCUCUUUUUGUAUCUGAAUCUCGUGCGCUACUGGUGGCGGAAGGCGAAGCGGCGACACGCGGCAGCGGCAUUGUAAGAAGAUCAGCGCAAGGGAUAGACGGACGGUGUUGUGCAGAUACGAUAUCAUACCUUACUCGCUGGAUGGUAAUCAGGACUGUAGUUUGGCUGCCUGUGCCCACUGAAUAUACCGUAGAGCACUGUUGGGUUUCACGAAUCCUCGACGGGGCUUAGUGCCGG